GGGGGCCAACAUCGAGAAAUUCAUUUUCGACCUCUAGCAGCACCAAACAUGGCAACGGGCAAGGCAGAUGACGAGUACGACUACCUGUUCAAGGUAGUGCUCAUCGGGGACUCUGGCGUCGGCAAGUCGAACCUCCUCUCGCGGUUCACGCGCAACGAGUUCUCGCUCGAGUCCAAGUCCACGAUCGGCGUCGAGUUUGCGACCAAGUCGAUCCAGGCCGAGGGCAAGACCAUCAAAGCACAGAUUUGGGAUACCGCAGGACAAGAGCGAUACCGUGCAAUCACGAGCGCGUACUAUCGCGGCGCCGUCGGCGCGCUGCUCGUGUACGACAUCACCAAGCACCCGACCUUUGAGAAUGUCGAACGAUGGUUGAAGGAACUGCGGGACCACGCCGAUGCCAACACCGUGAUCAUGUUGGUCGGGAACAAGAGCGAUCUGCGUCACUUGCGCGCCGUCCAAACCGAAGAAGCCAUGUCGUUUGCAGAGAAGCACAACUUGGCCUUCCUCGAGACGUCGGCUUUGGACGCCACGGGUGUGGACACGGCCUUCCAGCGCAUCCUCACGGAGAUAUACAACCUCAUGAGUCGCAAGACCAUGCAGGCGGAAGAGCAAGCCGCGAGUCUGCCCCAAGGCAACAAGAUCGAGAUCAACGCCGACAAUGCGCCCACCACCGCGGCCAAAGGCGCCAAGAAGAAGAGCGCAUGCUGUUAAACUCGAAACGUCGCCGGCACGCCGUAUAUAUUAUACUUCAACAACAAAAAAUAUGAUGAUUUCCAUCCAGUUUUGACAUUUGC